CUCAAAGGGCAUUCAGUCGUAUCAGUCAGUGCCUGUGCUCCGCUGAGAAAAACACAGCCUUUGACGAUUUCUCUCGAUUUAUAGUGUUUUUACCGAUACAUCGCAAUGUGUACCGGAAAGUGUGCGCGGUUAGUGGGGCUGAUGCUUUUACCAUCAGCCUUUUUGUCUAUAAUUGCCAAUUUACUUUUAUUCUUUCCUAAUGGAGAACAGUUGGACACCAAAAAUAUUUCACUUCAGGUCUGGCUAAUGGGCGGUAUUCUUGGUGGAGGACUAUUUAUGAUGUGCCCAAGUUGCUCAGCCAUUAGAGCCGGGGGCAAAGGCUGCUGUGGGGCAGGCUGCUGCGGAAACCGUUGUCGGAUGCUGAAUUCUGUUUUCUCAUCUCUGUUUGGCGUUAUUGGAUCGGUCUACUGUGCCUGUGUAGCCAUUGCAGCAUUGGCUGUUGGGCCAAAAUGCCAAGUUGAAGGUGAAGGUGAAGACUGGAAAUAUCCCUUUGAGGACAGGAAAGGGAACAGCAGUUACCUGGUGGACAAGUCAAGCUGGUCUGAAUGCAUCUUCCCUGAGAAUAUGGUCCUCUGGCACAUUGUGCUGUUCUCCAUACUUCUGUCUCUUUCUGCCCUCCAGGCAGUUCUCUGCGUCAUUCAGGUGGUGAAUGGAUGUGUGGGAUGCAUCUGUGGAGACUGCCGGAAAAGAAAAUCGGAUGAAGGAGGUCUGUGAGUGUGAGGAGAAAAACACCACCAACGACAAACAACAACAGGACAAGAGCCUUCACACAGGCUGCUUAUAAAUGAUGCAAUCCAAUCUAUCAGUAAAGAAGGGAUGUUUUGUGUAAAUGUAACUUUGUUUGACCUGUAAAAUAUGUAAAUUAUAAUCAAAUGUCAAGCUCUGUAACUACCUUACUUUCAAGUUGGAAUUCUUGUUUUGAUUUUUGAGCUAUCAAAAAUAGUAGUUGCAAUGAUUUAUUAUGUAUGUGUGUCUUUUUCUUGUUUAGAUUCAUAAACAUGCAUAGAUUAUAAAAAGAGUGUACUGAAUUGUUAUGCUUUUGAUGUUUAUGGGUCAUAAUUUUAUAAUGAAGCUGAACAAAUUCAAGUUCAUUCAUCAAGUUAAACACAUACAUAUAUAUAUAGAUAGAUAGAUAGAUAGAUAGAUAGAUAGAUAGACAGACAGACAGACAGACAGACAGACAGACAGACAGACAGACAGACAGACAGAGUGCUCAGCAUAAUUGAGUACAGCCCAUUUUGAAAAUGAAUAUUUUUAUUCAUUUCUCAGUGAAUAGGCAAUGUAUUUUGGUGCAAUAAAACAAAACUGAUUUAUUAAACAGACAUAUUUACGAAAAUAAUAUUUUUGGGUGUACUUACCAUUAUCGUAAGUUACUUUGUUAGAUAAGCUUCAGAUUUGGCUUAAACACUGACUAAUCUAAUGUAUAUGCGCAAACAUUAUAUUGUCUAACUUAUAACUUAAAAAAAUAUAUAAGAGGGUUAAAAUUGAAUACUUUUUAGAGUAAUAAAUGGUCAUAUCCUAAUGAUCCCAAUACAUCUUUCUUUCACAAUAAACUAAUUUUGCUGAAAUGCAUUUUGUGUUUCUCAUGAGUUAUAAAAAUACUUUGAUGGGCUGAAUUAUUAACUUACAGUAAGCAAUGUCUAUUUUUAGAGCUGGCAUCAGUUUGCCUAAGAAGGAUAUUUCCUCUACAGGUUACAAAAAUAUCCCUGAGUGUUUUCCUUUUCUUGGCAGGAGAAAUCCUAGUUUCCAUUACAUUUGGGGAGAGACUCUGAAUCCAGUGACUGACUGACUGUUUUCUAUAGCUUUAUAAAUGAUAAAGCCACUAUGUUCUUUUUGACACCUGUGCCAUUCACUAUUUCCUCUGUAAUCACUGCUUUCACUACUGUAACUCUGACACCGGAAUAAACUAGAUCUCGUAGCACUCAAAAACAUAGGCAAAGCUCCUGGUGAUGAAAGGCAAGCUUGCAGCUGUUGAAACAUUCAUGCAGUGAAAUCAGGGGGUGACUGAAGGCAUUUAUACAUGUAAAAAAAGUACAUCAGAUUCUUGCAGAGUUUUCAGAUCCUUUUCCUGUCAUGCAUAUUAAUGUACAUUAUCAGGACGUUUCAUAUUUUUGAAAGUACACUGUAAAAAAUGGCUGUGAUUUUAACGGUAAAAAACUGUAAAAAUGCUACAGUAAAAAUCCGUAACCUGGUUAA